GUGCGUCUCGCGAGCGUUGACAGUAAUGUGCGAGGUGACGUAUCACGCUACCCGUGGUGGCUGCUGGGUAGAAGCUUGGCGGCCCGGUGUACGUAGCAGUGUGUGAGGCGCUGCGUGUUCGAGUCUCCUCCGCUCCAGCCCGUCGGGAUCAUGGCGAGCGUAGCUGCCGCGGGAGUGGUCGGGGUGACCAGCGGGUCCAGCCGCAAGCGGCUCAUGAGAGAGGAAGAUAUGACGAAAGUGGAGUUCGAGACCAGCGAGGAGGUGGAUGUGACUCCCACCUUUGACACGAUGGGGCUGCGGGAGGACCUGCUCCGAGGCAUCUACGCGUAUGGAUUUGAGAAACCAUCAGCUAUUCAACAGAGGGCCAUCAAACAGAUAAUCAAAGGAAGAGAUGUAAUAGCACAAUCACAGUCUGGUACAGGCAAAACAGCAACAUUUUGUGUGUCCGUUCUCCAGUGUUUGGAUAUUCAGGUCCGUGAGACACAAGCAUUGAUUUUAGCACCAACCAGAGAAUUGGCAGGGCAAAUUCAGAAGGUGCUUCUCGCUCUGGGUGACUAUAUGAAUGUGCAGUGUCACGCAUGUAUUGGAGGAACCAAUGUAGGAGAAGACAUCCGUAAACUGGAUUAUGGACAGCAUGUUGUCGCUGGCACACCAGGACGUGUCUUUGAUAUGAUUCGCCGCAGAAGCUUAAGAACACGCGCCAUUAAAAUGCUGGUUCUGGAUGAAGCUGAUGAGAUGCUUAACAAAGGUUUCAAGGAACAGAUUUAUGAUGUGUACAGAUAUCUGCCUCCCGCAACCCAGGUUUGCCUGAUCAGUGCCACACUGCCACAUGAGAUCCUGGAAAUGACCAACAAGUUUAUGACUGAUCCCAUCCGUAUCCUGGUGAAACGUGAUGAGCUGACGUUAGAAGGCAUUAAGCAGUUUUUCGUGGCAGUUGAGCGAGAAGAAUGGAAGUUUGACACAUUAUGUGAUUUGUAUGAUACCCUCACCAUUACACAGGCUGUGAUCUUCUGCAACACCAAAAGAAAGGUGGACUGGCUGACAGAGAAAAUGAGGGAAGCCAACUUCACGGUAUCUUCAAUGCAUGGUGACAUGCCGCAGAAAGAGAGAGAGUCCAUUAUGAAAGAAUUCAGAUCAGGAGCUAGCCGAGUACUUAUCUCAACUGAUGUGUGGGCCAGAGGUUUGGAUGUUCCACAGGUUUCCCUAAUUAUUAACUAUGACCUUCCCAACAACAGAGAAUUGUACAUCCACAGAAUUGGCCGCUCAGGGCGCUAUGGAAGAAAAGGUGUGGCAAUUAACUUUGUAAAAAAUGAUGAUAUUCGUAUCUUGCGAGAUAUUGAGCAGUACUACUCUACUCAGAUUGAUGAAAUGCCAAUGAAUGUUGCAGAUUUGAUUUGAAGAGUGGAUGUUAUGUAUAGAGGGACCGUAUGGAGCAAUCAACCAUUGUUUUAUGGAGUCUGUUUUCAUUUGCUAAGCAAGUUUUACUAUUAUCUUUUCCUUCGUACAUGGGGCAAGCUGUUGUACACCACUGUAAAUACUACAUUUGCUGAAUUUUCAAUAAAAAAAUGACAAACCCA